CAGCUGAGCAGUCUGACUGAACCCCAGCGGGAAAGCAAGGAUAGAGAGGAACCCCCUGGCACUGUCGCUGCACCUUGGGCCUCCACCAUGGCGCUGGGCUUGGAGCAGGCGGAGGAGCAGCGAUUGUACCAGCAGACGCUCCUGCAAGAUGGGCUCAAGGACAUGCUGGACCACGGCAAGUUCCUCGACUGUGUGGUGCGGGCGGGCGAGCGCGAGUUCCCGUGCCACCGCCUGGUGCUGGCCGCCUGCAGCCCCUACUUCCGGGCGCGCUUCCUGGCUGAGCCAGAGCGCGCGGGCGAGCUGCGCCUGGAGGAGGUGUCCCCGGACGUGGUGGCCCAGGUGCUGCACUACCUGUACACGUCGGAGAUCUCACUGGACGAGGCGAGCGUGCAGGAUUUGUUCGCCGCGGCGCACCGCUUCCAGAUCCCGUCCAUCUUCACCAUCUGCGUCUCCUUCCUGCAGAAGCGCCUGUGCCUCUCCAACUGCCUGGCCGUCUUCCGCCUCGGCCUCCUGCUCGACUGCGCGCGCCUCGCGGUGGCUGCCCGCGACUUCAUCUGUGCGCACUUCACGCUAGUGGCGCGGGACGCCGACUUCCUCGGACUCUCUGCCGACGAGCUCAUCGCCAUCAUCUCCAGCGACGGCCUCAACGUGGAGAAGGAGGAGGCGGUGUUCGAGGCGGUGAUGCGAUGGGCGGGCAGUGGCGACUCCAAGGCUCAGGCCGAGCGCCAGCGCGCGCUGCCCACAGUCUUUGAGAGCGUGCGCUGCCGCCUGCUGCCGCGCGCCUUCCUGGAGAGCCGCGUGGAGCGCCACCCUCUUGUGCGUGCCCAGCCGGAGUUGCUGCGCAAGGUGCAGAUGGUGAAGGAUGCGCACGAGGGCCGUAUCACCACGCUGCGCAAGAAGAAGAAGGGGAAGGAGGCGGCCGGGGCCGAGGAGGCCAAGGGCACAUCCGAAGCCAAGGAGGACGAGGAGGCCGAACGUGUCCUACCUGGGAUCCUCAAUGACACCCUGCGCUUUGGCAUGUUCCUGCAGGACCUUAUUUUCAUGAUCAGCGAGGAGGGUGCUGUGGCUUACGAUCCAGCCGCCAACGAGUGCUAUUGUGCCUCCCUCUCCAACCAGGUCCCCAAAAACCAUGUCAGCUUGGUCACCAAAGAAAACCAGGUCUUCGUGGCUGGAGGCCUUUUCUACAACGAGGACAACAAAGAGGACCCCAUGAGUGCUUACUUCCUUCAGUUUGAUCACCUGGACUCAGAGUGGCUGGGGAUGCCACCGCUGCCCUCCCCACGCUGCCUCUUCGGCCUGGGAGAGGCUCUCAACUCCAUCUACGUGGUCGGCGGCCGAGAGGUCAAGGACGGAGAGCGCUGCCUGGACUCGGUCAUGUGCUACGACAGGCUGUCAUUCAAAUGGGGCGAAUCGGACCCACUGCCUUAUGCUGUGUAUGGCCACGCGGUGCUCUCCCACAUGGACCUGGUCUACGUCAUUGGCGGCAAAGGCAGCGACAGGAAGUGCCUGAACAAAAUGUGCGUCUAUGACCCCAAGAAGUUCGAGUGGAAGGAGCUGGCACCCAUGCAGACCGCCCGCUCACUCUUUGGUGCCACCAUCCAUGACGGGCGUAUAUUUGUGGCAGCUGGGGUCACCGACACGGGGCUGACCAGCUCUGCGGAGGUGUACAACAUCGCAGACAACAAGUGGGCGCCCUUUGAGGCCUUCUCGCAGGAGCGCAGCUCGCUCAGCCUGGUCAGCCUGGCGGGCACCCUCUAUGCCAUUGGUGGCUUUGCCACUCUGGAGACCGAGUCUGGAGAGCUGGUCCCCACAGAGCUCAACGACAUCUGGAGGUAUAACGAGGAUGAGAAGAAGUGGGAGGGUGUCCUGCGGGAGAUCGCCUACGCGGCCGGUGCCACCUUCCUGCCUGUGCGGCUCAACGUGCUGCGCCUGACCAAGAUGUGACCAGCCCAGAGGGCUUGAACCAAGCGCUGCUCCCGUCCUGCAGCACUCACAGACCUGGCCUCGUGGGGGCUCCGAGGAGGAGGCCAGGAGAGGCCAGAGCACCCCUGGAUCCAGUUAUGGUGCCUGAGGGGCUGCUUCAGCCAGGAAAGGGAAAUCCCUGCCUAGUCCUAGCUUUCGGGCAGGGCCAAGGAACUAGAGGCUUCUCCAGUGUCACCAUAUCCCUCCGGGUGUUCUCCGUCCAUGAGCCAGAACCACAGGGGUGGAUCCCAGGUGCACCCUGGCCCUGCCCCAGCCUGGCUGUGUGUGCCACGUAAGUUCCCCCAGAUGGGAGUGUCCCCUUCAAGCGCACCUUGCAGCGUGGAUAAGUCUCCUUUGCUAAGAAGAAUAAAGUGCCUUCUGAGCAAGCAGCUUAGGUCUGGAAUCAG